CUCUCCCACCUUUGUCUUUUCCCAAUCUUCUCUUUUAUACUUUCAUCUCCUUCAUCCUCUCAUCUUCAUCUUUCCUUCUCUCACAUUCUCCUUAACUCCGGCCACCACCCACUGUGAGACUUUCACACUUCAUAGUCCCCAUUCUUUUCUCUUUUUCUUUUUUUUCCCUUUCAUUUCUUCACUGGAUCUUCUUUUUUUCAGUACAAAACCGUCCAAAUCAACUGAAAUCUUUAUUUCCUGGUCGGUGUCAGCAGCAAUAAUGUUACUAAAACACGUUGGUAAUCGACUCAGUUUUGAAGCUUAAUUGAUUGGUAAGUUUGUGUGAAAUUAUAUCUGGUUGAAGGCGAGGUAAUUAAAGGUGGAAUGGCGACGGCGGUUGAGAUUGGGAACGGGGGAUCUUCUUCUUCUUCUUCUUCUUCAAAGUCGAGGAGAUCGAAACAAAUUUGGUACUCACAGCCUUUGACUCCAUUAAUGGAAGGCCCAGAUCCCCAAUUCCAAGACCAAGAACCCAACAAAAAAGACUCCUCCGGUUCGAACUGGGAAUUCCUCCGCGACUGGUUUAAGAUCCAACGCAACCUCACCCCCUCCAUCUCCCAGUCUUCCUUCACAAACCUUCCUAACUCCAAAACCCAGGAUUUAAAGCUCUUGCUCGGCGUCCUCGCAUGUCCUCUCGCUCCCAUUCCUCUCCAUUCCAAUAAUUCCCCUCCACAAACCUCCUACUUCCCGCCUCAUAUUCCUCUUGAAACUUCCGUGCCUCAUUACAUUAUACAACAAUACUUGGCCGCCACGGGAUGUCUGAAACAGCAAAAGUGCGCCAAGAACAUGUACGCCACCGGAAGUGUGAAGAUGAUUCGUUGCGAAACAGAGGUUUCUUCUGGUAAAUCUGUGAAGACGGUUGGAACAAGAUGUGAGGACACUGGCUGCUUUGUUCUUUGGCAAAUGCUACCAGCUAUGUGGUCACUUGAAUUGGUCGUUGGAGGUAGUAAGGUGGUGGCCGGCAGCGACGGCAAUACUGUCUGGCGUCACACUCCCUGGCUCGGCACCCAUGCUGCCAAAGGCCCCCAACGUCCCCUCCGUCGCAUCAUUCAGGGGCUAGAUCCGAAGAGCACAGCGAGGCUGUUUGAGAAAGCUCAAUGUCUGGGAGAAAAGAGAAUCGGAGAAGACGAUUGCUUUGUGCUGAAAGUAUCGGCAGAGAGGGAGGCAGUGAUGGAGAGGAAUGAGGGGCCUGCGGAAGUGAUAAGGCAUGUACUAUAUGGCUACUUCUGUCAAAAGAGUGGAGUGCUAGUGUACCUGGAGGACUCGCAUCUAACCAGGGUCCAGACUGAAGGCGAUGCUGUGUACUGGGAAACGACCAUUGGAAGCUGCAUUGGGGAUUACAGAGACGUGGAUGGGGUCCUCAUCGCUCACCGUGGCAGGUCUAUAGCUACUGUGUUCAAGUUUGGGGAAAUGUCCACCCAAUUUAGCAGGACUCGCAUGGAAGAGAUUUGGAGUAUUGACGAUGUGAUGUUUAACGUUGCUGGUCUUAGCAUGGACUACUUUAUUCCUCCUGCUGAUAUUUUUGAUAGCCUUCACUCCCAUUCUCACCCUCACUCCCAUUCUCAUUCUCCAUGACUAAGUACUCUUCUAAUUCUCUGCUACUGCUUUAAUUAACCCAAUGCUAAUCACUUCUCACGGGUAUACAUCAUCCAUCUGUAACAACUUUUCUUCUCCUGAAUUUGCAUAAAUUGUUUAGAUGGGACCAAAAUCUUCCUUACUCCA